AUGGACGCGCGGUGUGGGUGGACGGCGGCGGCGGCGGAGAUGGCGGAGGAGCUGGAGGAUGGUUUCCGGAGAGGGCCGUGGGCGGCGGAGGAGGACGCGGUGCUGGCCGGGCACGUGGCGGCGCACGGGGAGGGGCGGUGGAACGAGGUGGCGCGGGCGGCGGGGCUGAGGCGGACCGGGAAGAGCUGCCGGCUCCGGUGGCUCAACUACCUCCGCCCCGACGUGCGGCGCGGGGACUUCACCCCGCAGGAGCAGCUGCUCAUCCUGGAGCUCCACUCCCGGUGGGGGAACCGCUGGUCCAGGAUCGCGCAGCACCUGCCCGGGAGGACGGACAACGAGAUCAAGAACUACUGGCGGACCCGGGUGCAGAAGCACGCCAAGCAGCUCGGCUGCGACGUCAACAGCGGCCAGUUCAGGGACGUCAUGAGGCACCUCUGGAUGCCACGCCUCGUCGAGAGGAUCCAGGCGGCCGCCGCCGCCGCAACGGCGCUGGCCACCUCGCCGGACGAGCACGCCGCGCCGGCUGUUGCUCACGGCGACAUGUGCCACUCACCCGACCCGUCAACGACGACGAUGUCGAGCACCGGCACCUCCGCGGGGUCGUCUUCAACGUCGUCGUCGAUAACGUCCACGUCGGUGCCGCGCGGCGAGCAGUUCCCGUCGUCGACGAACCAGGAGCACCUGGCCAUGGCCAGCGUCACCGCCGUGGCGGCGGCGGAUUGGUCGAGCGAGCAAUACGGCAGCGCGAGCACCGGGUUCGGUGCUGAUGACAUGUUCGAGGGGAGCUGGUCGGAGCUCCUCGCUCGCGCCUACGACGACGACGGCGCUGAUUCUUCGCUGCUGCCGGACUUCCAAACGGCAGAAACCGGAGACAAUUGGUGGAGUUUGGAGGACGACAUCUGGUCGCAGAGGCCGUACUGAUAAUUAAUUCAAUUAUGUGCUAAGUACACUACGGAGUACAUAGCUCUUAUGAAUGACCAAGUUAAUUUAUUUGUAAUACUAUUACUGAUUGAUCUUAGUGAACAAAAUGACGAAGCA